GGCCGGGCAGGGGGCCUGGGCAUCCGCCGGCUGCAGCGGUCCCGAGGGAGGCACCAUCAGGCACCGAGCGAUCCCCAGGCCCGGGGGACAGGCAGCCAUGCCCCAGGCCCGGGCGUGUGGCACCCCGGAGAGCAGAAAACCCCCUGAGGAAAGGCCGCCGACCCCGGGCAACGGCACCGCCAACGGCUGACGCCCGCCGCCAGCGCGCGCCACCGGGCGGCCGCCUCAGCCCGGCGCCGAGCAGCUCCACGGCGGGAGCCGCCGCUGCCGAAAGCGGAGCUGCGACAGGCCCGCGGCCGCGCUGGGCGGCGGAGGGCGGCAGAGCCGCCCCCUCGCUAAGGGCUGCUGCACAGAGGCGACCGCGGCCCGCCCCGCUGUCCCCGGCGCACAGGGGCGUCGCGGGGCUCCCGGCGGGCAGGCAGCGGCGGCGGACUCCAUUUCCCGUGGCGCAGCGCAGGCGGCCGGGGGCGGCGCAGGCGCAGGUCGUGCUGGUGGCUGGGCCGGCGGCGGGCGCCGCGGCCGGGGCCAUGAGCCGUCGGUGCGCGGUGCAGCGGAAGGUGCCGUGUUUGUUCGUGACCGAGGUGAAGGAGGAGCCGUCGGCCAAGCGGGAGCGCCAGCCAUUUAAAGUUUUGGCAACUGAAACUAUAACUGGGAAGGCGUUAGAAGCAGAUAUAUACAAUGCAAUUCCUACUGAAAAGGUGGACGGAACCUGCUGUUAUGUAACUACCUAUAAAGGGCAACCCUAUCUAUGGGCCAGGCUGGAUCGAAAACCCAACAAACAAGCUGAAAAAAGGUUUAAACGAUUCUUGUAUUCAUUGGAAGAUUGCAAAGAAUUUGUUUGGAAUGUUGAAGAGGAUUUCAGGCCUGUUCCAGAUACCUGGAUUCCAGCAAGGGACAUAGAGUUCUCUAACGGCAAUCCUUUGCCCGAUGAAAAUGGACAUAUGCCAGGUUGGGUGCCUGUGGAGAAGAAUAGUAAGCAGUAUUGCUGGCACUCAUCUGUUGUAAAUUAUGAGGCUGAGAUAGCGCUGGUAUUGAAACACCACGCUGAGCCAGGACUUCUGGAAAUCAGUCCGGUACCAUUAUCAGAAAUUUUAGAACAAACAUUGGAGCUUAUUGGGACUAAUAUUAAUGCAAAUCCAUAUGGAUUAGGAAGCAAGAAGCAGCCUGUACAUCUUCUUGUACCGCAUGGAGCAUUUGAAAUAAAGAAUCCACCCGCUUUGAAACAAAAUGACAUAGUGUCUUGGUUUGAAGGCUGCAGUGAGGGUAAAGUUGAAGGAAUUGUGUGGCACUGCCAUGAUGGGUGUUUAAUCAAGCUCCAUCGCCAUCAUCUUGGUUUACGCUGGCCACUUGCCGAGACAUACCUGAAUUCUCAGCCCGUUGUAAUUUCUUUUAAUAGAACUAAAUAUGACUGUGACUUUGAACCAAAGAGUUUGUUUCACCAUUUUUCAAACUUGGAUGGGCAAAGAUUUGACAGACUCAAAGAUAUCAAGUUUGAUGCUUGAAAUGAUUUUUCUCUCAAGUUAAUUGUCGUUUGUGCUGCAUUCCUCUUACCCGUGUCUACCACAGAACUCUUUACAAAUAAUCUUCUCUCUUAGGCAGCAGCCUAGGUAUUGUGCGAUUUUAAGUUUUUCCUAAGUAAGUGACUAAUCUUAUAUAAAGAGAGAUCCGACGUUCAGAGCAGAGAUCCAGCUUUCAGCAUGUUUAAUUUCAGUUCUGAAAAAUCCUUAACUUUUGAACACAUUUCUGGAAACUGUUAUAAUUGUUGUCUAACACUGGCUGGUCCUAAUAGCUUAGCUAAUGAAUGCAGUCAACUGUAAAAGUUCCAUAGGUUGCACUUCUAUAAAUAUAAUAAUUAUGACACUGUUAUAUGUAGGAAUCAGAUUUAGGAUCUAGUUGUUUUUUAACAGUAAAGGACAUAUUUCAGGUGGGACCAGAAUUAGUUCUGAAAUUUGAUUUUUUUUUUUAAAAGUUGUAACAAUUUCUUUUUUGGGGGGGAACUUUUCACUGUAUUAUUUAACUGGUAAGCUGCAGCAUUAUCCUAUUACUUGAAAAUCUAAUUAAACUACAUCCUACAGGUAAUUCCACUACUUUGGGACAAAAAGAGUAAAUAACAGAGAGUAUACUACUUCUAUUAUGGAGAUCCGUAGUAAUUAGAGAGAGAUAUGUCUUGGCUUAACAAUACCCAUUUUCAGAGUGCACAUCAAUUAGGAAACUUCAUCAAGGGCAUAUUAAAUAAGAUGGCAUAUAAAUAAUAAAGGUGAGAACAAGGGA